UCUUUUCUACCUAUGAAAUAAACACGCACACGUCUAUUUAUUACAUGUGAUUUUCGGGAAGUGCACGGAUCCCGAGGAGAAGAAAAUAUGGAUUAUGUCAUUAUUGAUGAAAAUGCAGAAAAUGAUUUAGUCAUUAAAGAUGAACCAGGACCAAGGACCGCCAUCAAAAAGGAGGAAGAGGACUAUCCGUUCACUAUUGUUGCUGUGAAAAUUGGAGACCACAGCAAAGUUGAAGAAACUGAAGAACCUGUCAGCAGCUUAGCUCCUCAGACACAUUUCACAAAUCAUGAACAAAAACAGGAGGACUCUUCGGAAACGGACAAUUCCGAAGACUGGAAUGACAAUUCUGAAUCCUCGGAUUCCCCUAAGGACAGUAUUCCCAUUACACCUGAUGUCAAGCGAGAGAAAGACGUUAAAGGACCACAUGUAUGCCCUUAUUGUAAAAAGGAAUUCGGUCGAAAAUACAAUUUAGAUAAUCAUAUAAGAACACACACAGGAGAGAAACCAUUCAGUUGCUCAGUUUGUGAAAACACAUUUAGAUCAAAAACAAAUCUGAAUAAACACAUGAAGGGUCAUCCCUCACUUUUAAAGAGCCAAACGAAACGGACUUCCACCCUAAAGAACAGAUCAAAAUCAAAAGUCAUUCAGAACUAUCCAAAAAAGCAGACUUUUGGCUGUUCAUUAUGUGACAAAGUAUUUUCAACUCAAAAAAAUCUAUCAUAUCAUAUGAGUCAUCAUGCAAAGAACGUGCAAACUAUGCCAUUUAAAUGUGUAGAGUGUGGUGCCAGAUUUAGAGAAAAACACUGGUUGGAUCAGCACAUGGAAAUUCAUAGUGUACACAGGCCACACUGCUGCAGUUUCUGUAAUAAAAGGUUUACCUCAAGAGACACAUUAAGGUCACACAUGAGAAGCCACACUGAAGAGCGGCCUUACAAAUGUGCAAUCUGCCACAAAGGGUUUAAACAUAGAGCUAAUUUAUACUGGCACAAAAAAAUGCACACGGGAGUCAAACCUUUCAGCUGUCCAGUCUGCUAUAAAACAUUUUUAAGAGCCACUAACCUAAGAUUACAUUUGGCCACACACGAAAAAGAGGCCAGAACUCCAAAACUAACUACUUGUCCAGUCUGUCAUAAAAGAUUUACAAAUAAUAAUGCAGGUCGACAUUUUGCUACACACAAAAAAGAGGGUCAAAUACAGUCCAAGGAAAUGUCAAAACCGUUUAGUUGUAGAGUCUGUGGAGCAGAAUUCACCAAAAAGCUAAGUUUGUCAUAUCACGAGAGAACUCACAAGAUUAAAAGAGCAUUUUACUGUUCUGUUUGUAAAAGAGGGUUUAAUACAAGACAUACAUACGACUUACACUGUAGAAAACACUUUGACAAUCCAGCCGAGGUUCAAACUGAGUACCUGAAUGCAGCAGAAAAUUCUAGUGUAAAUACGCAAAUGAACAUCGAUCCCUCACUUUUAACUGGCACAAAACCAUUCAGGUGUCCGACGUGUGAAAAGUAUUACGCCAAUGAAAGUGACUAUGUAAGACACAUACAAACUCACACACAGACUGGGGAAGAGACACAAUCAAGUUCUUCAAAACCAGAUACGCCUGGAGUCAGUUGCCCGCUCUGUCAAAAAGAAGUACCGUCAAGGAAGAGUUUGAGAGCUCACUUGCAGUAUCACAAAAGAGUCAAACCUAGACCGUUUUCGUGCAAAGAGUGUGGAGUCAACUUCGCUGAACAAGAGUGGUUAGAUCGACACAUGGAAAUCCACAAUGUUGACCGGCCAUUUUGCUGUGAGAUCUGCAAGAAGCGGUUCUCAAAACAGUCAAUAUACAAUUCCCAUGUGAGAAUCCAUACUGGAGAGAGACCUUACAAAUGUACAGUCUGCAAAAAAAAGUUCAAGCAUCGAAGUAAUCUAAGGUUUCAUGUCAGAACGCACACAGGAGAGAAACCAUUUAGCUGUCCGAUCUGUUACAAAAGGUUCACAAGAAAUGCUAAUGUUAAAAGACACAUUGCUUCGCACACAGAGGAGGAUAGGUAUCCACCUAAAAAUGCAACAAAACCAUUCAUUUGUAAAGAAUGCGGACUCGGGUUUAAUAAGAAGAAGAGUUUCGUGUGGCACGUGAGAAGCCACAAAAUUAAAAGGGCGUUUUACUGUCAUAUUUGUAAAACUAAAGCAGACACAAUACAAGCGUUUACAGUACAUAUGAGGAUGCACUCUUGUGUGGUUAAACUGAUGAGGUUAAACGAGCACUUGGAUGACAGUGACAUUUGAUUCAAGAGCCAAAGGUUUUUAGGUCUUGAAUCAGUAAAGCUGCAUUGAUUUUGAUGAAUAGAAUUGAACAU